CGUCGAGUGACGCUCCAAACAUUCAGUUGCUUAGCGUACGCGUACGUGUUUAGUUCGUGUUACUACGUUUACGGGAAAACAAGCAAAAGAGAUAAACAAAAGCGAAGUCCAAAAAUAACCUUAUCUGUUUUGCAUUUGGCAAAGUGAAUUUUCAUCUGCAUUUUGCAGUUGGCAAAUGUACUGUCGAAAAAUGUGAAGUAAAUGUGACGCUAUAUUAAAAAUAAUUAAAUAAAAGUUAAAAAUUUCGCUGGAAACAAUAAGUCAGCAGAGAAGCCGGAAUAUCUGAACAACAUAUCUACAACAUACACAGUCCACAUGGUUACACCGUAAGCGCAGCCAAUAAUCGCAUUCAUAUACACGCACAUACUCAUACUCACACUCUCACAUACAUACACACACACUCGUACCAGCAAAAUACGACGUCAUGAAAUCCACUUUGAUUUGGUUGUUGCUGGCUGGUUGUGGCGCCGUGUUGCUGCUGGGCGACACAGUAGACGCCUGGAAUCGGCAGUUCUUCAACCGAUACUCACGUAGCUGGCUGCGCAACAAUGCCGACGUAGUAGGAGGAGUUGGUGGUGGUGGUGCAGGUGGUGUAGGUGUGAGUGGAAGUGGAAGCACUAGUCUUGCCGGCAAUACACCACAAAUCGACGACUUCAAUGCACUUUUUGGCCUCGGCAACGAUAUGAGUUUGCAUGGUAAUAGUGGAGCUGGUGUUGCAGCUGGGACUGGUGGCGGCACAAAUGCCAUUUUAAGCGGAGGCGGAGGAGGAGGUCUGGGGAGUAGUACCGGUGGUGGUUUUUCUGCCUUCGGUGCUGGCUACGAUGCAGACACAGGCGGUUAUGGUGGUCAACAACAGACGGAAAUAUAUGGCAUCGUGGAACCAUUAAUAGAGGAUACGCCAUGCGUGGACCGAGCUUGCCAAGUCAAUGAUGAUUGCUGUCCCACAGGCGUCUGCGUCAAUACCUACGGUGCAGAAGGCAAAUGCAUUUACGUUUAUGGACGCAAACGCGAUCUCUGCCAUCGCAAUACGGACUGUGAGCUGGGUAUGUCGUGUCUGAAGAGUGCAGUUGGUAAUCUGAUGUGUCAACCGAGCACGUCUACAAUUCAUUUAUUGAAUGGCGUUGGUGGCGGUGGUGUUGAUGGUGCAGGCGUAGGUGGUGUCGGUAAUAAUGCUAUUGGACUCAAAGUUGGCACAAAUAUUGGAAUUGCUCCGAAGUUCGCGUUGAAUGUCAAGCAAUUUGGCGAGGAUUGUGUAUCGUCGAGCGACUGUAAUGUAGCCAAGGGCCUGUGCUGUCAACUACAGCGCACUCACCAUCGCAUACGUCCACGCAAAUUGUGCGCCUACUUCCGGGAUCCUUUCAUGUGCAUCGACAUUAUGCCAACAGAAGAUGAGGAAGUACGCGAAUCACGCUUGCUAUCCGCUUUCAGCCAGCGACGCAUGUAAUGAGGAAACUGAAAAAAGCAGACAAAAACGAAACAGGACCGAAGAGCGGCGGCAAGACGAAAUAGCAGAAGAAAAAGGAAGGAAGAGGCAAAAGGGAAGGAAGGAGCUACACUCGUAUACAUAACACAGUUACACAAACACAAAGACAUAUGUUAAUAUAAUAUGUGAAGGCCGACAGAAUGAGUGCAUAGGCGACGUGUAAACAGAGGCAAUGAAAUAACAAUCAUAUAGAACUACGAUUUUGUGGAAAAAUAUAUAUUGUAUAAAAACAAAAACACUGAAAUAUUUAAGAUCAAACAACAUAUCAAACAAAAUUAAGUUUAAAUUUUAAGCAAAUAUAAAAAAUGGCCGUGUUUUUUAAAAGCCAAUAAAAUGAAAAAUAAAAUUAAAAAGGAAGCAAAUAAUUUACUCAAUGAGAAAGUAUUAAAAAUGAUGAAUGAAAUUAGUUGAAAGGGAAGUGCGCUUGAGCGCAGACAAGUGGGAAAUAUUUAUUUAACGGUAUUAGCACACAUAUACUCAAUGAAUUAUGCAUGUAUUAAGAAAUUGUAUAACUGUAUUAACUACACCACUAUGCGCAUACUUAUACCCACGCAGAUUAGUCGUAUAUGUAUGUAUAUGCACUGUAUAUGCACAGUAUAUGUCUUGUAUAUAUUGCAAACAUACCCAGGCAUAUUUUUAAUUGUGCGCAUUACAAUGCAAAACAAAAAAAAAUCCAAACCAUUUAUUUUACCCGCUCUGAAAAAAAAUGAUAUUAAAAAAGUUCUGCAUAUAAUUAAUGUGAUUCAAAAUUUAAAUGUAAAGUAGUGCAAAAUGUUGUAACAAAAAAAUGUUGUAAGAAAAUCAUUAAAUACGUACCAUUAAUUCGAUGACAACACAGAAAACCCCAAAUUGUACUGGCUGAGGCAUAAUUCAUAAGUCAAUACAAAUUAAAUGAAAACUAAUUAAAAAACAAAAACCUAUUUUUAAGUGCAUUUAAGCAACUUGUACCAAAGAUAAAUAUGUAUGUAAAAUAAGUGGGCAAAAACCAGCCAUUCCAAUACCAAAAAUUUCAAAACUAAAAAAAAAAUUUGCGGAAAAGAAGUAUUGAAAGUGAUUCAAUGCAAUUCCCUUAAAGAGUCAAUCAUUUAAAUCUAAAUGUAUUAACAUAAAUGAUUAAGUAAAACGAAUUCAAUUAAAGUGGGUGCAAAAAACUGCAUAAUUUAAACCAACAUACAAAAACAAAAAUAUUUCAACAUGAAUUUACAUUAUUUCAAUAAGCCCAAUGUCAUUUCCAUAUCCUAAGUGUGUAUUUUGAAAUCGUUGUAUUAGUAUUCAAAAACCAAAAACACAAAACAAACACAAAACAAAAACCAAAAAAAAAAACUAUACACCUUUCCAUGUUUUGUCAUUCAUAAACCAAAAACCAACCAAACUAUUGUUGUACUUAUUAGUGUAAUUCAAUAUACGAGUACACUCGAAAGCCAAAGUCACCGUUUGAGUAAAGCAAAUGAAUGAGAAAACCGCAUUUGCUGAGCGAUUAUAUGAGAAUUGUUUUCAUUUGAAAAAACGUUUGUUCUAUACUUCCCAUUAAAAAUUAAAAAUAUUUAAAAAACUAAAAAUAAAAAACAUUUUCGAAAAAUUUAAAUAUUAUAUAUACAUACCUAUAUAUAAAAUACUGAAUAUGUGUAAGAAAGAAAACUAAGUACAUACAUAAAUAAAUGACAGCUAUUAGUGGAGCCCGCAAGGGCUUUUAAAAGCCA